AUGGCGUCGGCGUCGCGGCUGCUCCCGCCCGCGCCUCCUCCGACCGCCCAGCUCUGCGGCCCGCGGGACCACCUCGCCGUGCCGCACCUCCGGUGCCGCGCCGCCGCCUCCGCCUCGGCCACUGAUGGCGCCGUGCUGCUGGAGCGGGGCGGUCCCGCGGCGGUGGCCGUGCGGGAGUUUGUUACGCUUGACGAGCUCCGCGCCGCUGUGCGCCUCCGCGUCCGCACCUUCUACGAGUACGCCGUCGACUCCGUCGGAACCGAGGAUCACAGAAAGGCUCUUGCAGAUAGGGAGUUUGAAGCAUUACAGGAUAGAAUUUCUGGGAAGAUGAUAAAUUUUCAAAGAGUUUCUUGCAUAAACGGGACUGUUCCACUGUCCCCAUCAUUAAUGUCAGCUGAGGAACUUUGUUCUAUGUGCAAGUUUGUGGAGGAUGGAGAAGAGAGAGUAGUAGUUAGUAGUUUAGACCUUAAUCAGUGUCUUUGGCUACCAGAUGAAUUGACUGGAAAGAGGCCUGGGGUAAAUGAAGACAUCCAGACAAGAGCGUAUCUAAGCAAUGUCUGUGUGGCCAAGGAGCUUCAGAAAAAGGGCUUAGGCUGUACAUUGGUUGACAAGUCCAAGAAAUUAGCUCGUGAAUGGGGCAUAACAGACCUGUAUGUCCAUGUCGCCAUUGAUAACAUAGCAGGGCAAAAGCUGUACGAGAAGAGUGGAUUUGUUUAUGAAGGCGAAGAACCUGCAUGGAAGGCUAGGUAUCUGGGGAGACCACGGAGGCUGCUUCUUUGGCUCGAUAUGAGCAAAGUGCCUUUGUGA